AUGUUUGUUAGUCCAAGAACGUCUGUUGUUGGUGACAACCCCGUAACAAUAAAUUGCCUCAACGCCUGUGCCUUCCAACAAUCCGUCUUGACCACCGUCGGCCAAAUUCAAUAUGUAGCCUUCUAUUCAUCAACAUACCCUUCCUCUGGUGUGAGACAUGUGACAAUUGCCCGCCGCAAUCACCAAAUCAAAGAUGCACCAUGGGAACCUCUGACCUUCACUGACUAUGAUCAAACGACGGAUGACGGACAUAAUACCAUAUCGAUCGGCGUGUGUAUUGGAGAUGGCACGAUUCAUGUCGCAUUCGACCACCACUGUAGUGAACUAAAGUACCGGGUUUCACGGCCGGGACUUGCAGAUGAUAGCACACCAUCAAGCUGGACGCUAGAUGCCUUCGGGCCAAUCCGAAACAACCUACCUACAUCAGCAGUGGAGGAAAAUGGCGCGCUGGUUGACGUGACAUAUCCACGCUUCAUCCGCGCAAAUUCAGGGCUAUUCUUCGAAUGCCGCAUUGGAAAGUACGCAAUUGAACUCCAUCCGCUGUCAAAUCAGUCUGACCAGACAUACAGGGCCGGUGCGGGAUCAGAUAUUCUAUACUUUUACGACCCCUUAAACUCCCUUUUCGAGUUGCGAGGGAAAUAUCUAAUAGGCCGAAACUGUAAUCCCUAUCCAAAUGGACUCAGCUUUCAUCACCCCAGUCAAAGCUUACACGUUACAUGGACGAAUCGACAUUUCAUUGACUACGAGGGCGCCAACGACGAGGAGUCAAGCCUGCACAAAGCCCAGGCCGGACCUAAUGGACCUGAAAAUAAUGAAGGUCUCUACCAUGCCUACAGUCGUGAUUUAGGAACCACAUGGCAUGGGACUGGGGGAGAGGUCACGGCUGUCUUGUCUUCGGAGGGCUCCGGUAUGGAUUCGCAAGACUCUCGCCUUCGCGCGCGUAAGAUCCCGCGAGAUGGCGGGAUCAUGAAUCAGGAGGCUCAGUUUGUUGAUGUGCAAGGCGAUGUUCAUGUACUGAAUCGUGAGAGAGGAAAGGAAGGGGAGGCUUGGAUGCAUUAUAAUUGUCGCGGUGGAUUGGGGGUGUGGACUGCCACAGAGCUGCCUGGCCCGCGACCAACAUUUACUGGACCCCGAGGAAAGAUCGUUUCCCACCCACGACUGGCGACAAUUUUCUUUGUUCUUCCUGGAAGGGAACCUGGGGAGUUGGUUAUACUGCGGGCCAACUUGGAGGAGCCAUCGGGGAGGUAUAAUGGGUAUGAAGUGGUGUGGAGGGGUGAUGGGUACUCGGGGGAGCCACUAGUAGAUCAAGAAGCACUAGAAGACAGGAGGUUGUCAGUUCUGAUUAUUCGUGAGCAGAAGGUUGUUGUGGUGGAUUUUGAAAUUGAUACAUUGGUUCACUAG